AUGUCAGGUUUGGAGGUGAUCGGCGGCAUCUCCGCGGUUAUCGCUAUCAUCGACGCGUCGAUCAAGAUCUAUAAGAGUGCGAAGAAGGACACAAAGUUAUCCGAGACAUUCAAAGCCACGGGGCGCCAACUACCCAUAAUCCUCGAUACUCUUCAGACAUGCAAAGAACAGCUCGAACCGAGUAAAGACUCCAUACCCGCUGACGACUGUACUGCCUUGGAGGGGAUUAUCUAUUCCUGUGAAGAAACGGCUGAAAAGUUGAAAAAAGUAUUUGACAAGGUCAUACCUGGUGAAUCCGACACGUGGGAGAAGAGAUACACCAAAACUAUCCAGAGACUCGGGAAAGGGAGCGAGGUCGAAGAGCUCAUGAUAUCAAUCACUCAAGACGUCCAACACAUUGUCAACAAUCGCGUGGUUAAGUCUGUCAAACCAGAGCAAAAUGCCGAGCUUGAAAACAUCAUCAUAGAGAUGGAGACUCUCAGGUCUUCGGUGCCCGAGGUAGGAAGCUUGGGAAAUACUUUCAACAGCAAGGGCCCAAUGACGAACAGUUUCCUCAGGGACAAUGCGCAGCAAGUUAUCAACAACGCCCGUAUUGGAACGCAAAACAAUACUUCCGUUGUUUACAAGCAGAAGGAAGACUUCAGCUUCCGGAAACCAGUGGGAGUCUGUCUCGGUCAGGCACCCCAUAUCGACCCGGAGCUAUUCGUCGGGCGUAAUUCUGAGCUCGAUCAGAUGAAAAGGAUUUUAGAACCAGAGGAUAAUCCCCGAGAGCAACGCCGUCUAGUUCUCGGUGGUGCGGGUGGUAUGGGCAAAACACAGCUUGCUAUUGCUUACGCAAAACGGUACCGCACCCUUUAUACAUCAAUCUUCUGGCUAAACACAGCAACCGAGACUACUCUCAAGGAUAGUUUUCGAUUGAUUGCCAAAAAUAUCUUUGAUAUACAGGACCCUGAUAUUCUCGAGCCGGAUCAAACGAUCGUUAGCAUAUGCCGAUGGUUAUCUGACGCAGAAAAUACGCAAUGGCUAUUAAUCUUUGACAACUACGAUGACCCAAACCAGUUUAAAAUUGAACAGUACUACCCUCUUGCCUCCCAUGGGGCCAUUAUUGUUACUACACGACGUCCAGAUCUCGUUGCCGGAAGGACUGUCCAGAUGCAGCCUCUCAAGGACAUUGGAGACAGCCUUAUGAUACUGCAAACCAGGUCGCAGAGGCAAAACACUACAUCCGACUCUCAUGCAAAUCGACUAGCAAAGCGACUAGAUGGUCUUCCACUAGCUUUGGCUACUGCCGGGGCAUAUCUUCGACACAGUUCCUUCACUUUCGAGAGAUAUCUCCAAGAGUACGAGAAACGCUGGAAUAUUAACCCAUGCAGGCCACCCACGCUCGAGGAGUAUCAGAAUCGCACGCUCUACACAACUUGGGAUCUGUCGUAUGCUACUCUGGGAAGGGAGGAUCCGGACGCAGCCAAGUUACUAAAAUUGCUAGCUUACUUCGAUAACCAGAGCAUUUGGCGCGAGCUUCUGUGUGCUGGUUUAACUGAUAGCACUCCAAGCUGGCUGCAUGAAGUUAUGGACGAUGUUGCCUUCGACGGUGCGAUGGGAACGCUAACAAAGUACUGCUUCUUGGAAGUUCAGACGGUGGAUGCUCAAACGCAGCUAGGGUUAUGGAGCAUGCAUUCCUGCGUGCACGACUGGACAUUGGCCACACUCAAUAGAGAUAUUGACGCGGAGAAGUAUUGGCCGACUUGA